AUGGCCAACAACAGAGUUGUCUACCGUCGCCACAACGGGUACAACACGUCGUCGAACCUGACGCGUGUCGUCAAGACCCCCGGCGGCGAGCUCCGGGUCCUCCACAUCAAGAAGCGCGGCACUGCCCCGAAGUGCGGUGACUGCGGCAUCAAGCUGCCUGGUAUCCCCGCACUGCGUCCUCGCCAGUACGCCCAGAUCUCGAAGCCCAAGAAGACCGUCCAGCGCGCGUACGGUGGCUCAAGAUGCGCCAACUGCGUGCAGGACCGUGUCGUCCGCGCGUUCCUGAUUGAGGAGCAGAAGAUCGUGAAGAAGGUGCUCAAGGAGCAGAGCGCGUCCGAGAAGAAGAAAUAA